AUGGUUCGCGCCACCUUCGCCGCCGCUUCGGUGGCCCUCGCCGCCGUCGCUCGUGCCUCGUGCCCUUGGACCGAUCCACAGUCCCACACUCUGGCCGCCAGGGCCGACGCCAGCAGCUCUCGCGAGCACGUAGCCCAGUUCGAUGUCGACGAUGGCAAGGUCUACCUCACCAGCGACGUCGGCGGUCCCAUAGAGGACCAGCAGAGCCUCAAGGCUGGCGAGCGCGGCUCCACUCUCCUCGAGGACUUCAUCUUCCGCCAGAAAAUCACCCGCUUCGACCAUGAGCGUGUCCCCGAACGAGCUGUUCACGCCCGCGGAGCCGGUGCCUAUGGCACCUUUACCAGCUACGGCGAUUUCAGGAACAUCACGGCCGCCUCCUUCCUGAGCGCAAAGGGGAAAAAGACGCCGACUUUUGUCCGAUUCUCGACCGUAGCCGGAUCCCGGGGAAGCGCCGACACCGUUCGCGACGUCCACGGCUUCGCCACCAGAUUCUAUACCGACGAGGGCAAUUUUGACAUUGUCGGUAACAAUAUCCCCGUCUUCUUCAUCCAGGAUGCCAUUCAGUUUCCCGACCUUAUCCACGCUGUCAAGCCCAAGCCCGACAAUGAAAUCCCCCAGGCCGCGACGGCCCACGACUCGGCCUGGGACUUUUUCAGCCAGCAGACGUCGACACUGCACACCCUCUUCUGGGCCAUGGCGGGAUACGGGAUUCCCAGGAGUUUCAGGCACAUGGACGGCUUCGGUGUUCAUACCUUUCGUUUUGUCAACGACGAGGGCGAAUCCAAGCUCAUCAAGUGGCACUGGAAGACGAUGCAGGGCAAGGCCAGCCUGGUUUGGGACGAGGCGCAGAACAUUGCUGGCAAAAACGCCGACUUCCAUCGUCAAGAUCUAUGGGACGCUAUCAAUUCCGGCAACUUUCCCGAGUGGGAGCUCAACGUGCAAAUCAUCGACGAGAAGCAGGCCCUUGAUUUCGGCUUCGACGUUCUCGACCCGACCAAGAUUAUUCCGGAGGAGCUCGCGCCCCUGCGCAAGGUCGGCGUGAUGAAGCUUGACGUGAACCCGGUCAACUAUUUUGCCGAGACGGAGCAGAUCAUGUUCCAACCGGGCCACAUUGUACGAGGCAUCGACUUCACUGAAGACCCCUUGCUGCAGGGUCGCAUCUUCUCGUACCUUGAUACCCAGAUUAACCGCCACGGCGGCCCCAACUUUGAGCAGCUGCCCAUCAACCGUCCCGUGGUUCCUGUCCACAACAACAACCGAGACGGCGCCGCUCAAAACUUCAUCCACAAGAAUACCGCUGCCUACUCACCCAACACUCUGAAUAAAGGCUCCCCCGCGCAGGCAGACCAGAAAGAGGGCAAGGGGUUCUUCACCGCGCCAGGCCGCAAGGCCUCUGGGUUCCUAGUGCGCGAGAGGAGCGCGACGUUUGCGGAUCACUGGAGUCAACCGCGGUUGUUCUACAACUCAUUGACCAAGGUCGAGCAGCAGUUCCUCAUCGAUGCCAUCCGCUUCGAGACGAGCCAGGUCGCGGCUCCGGUGCAAAAAAAUGUGCUCGCGCAGCUCAACAAGAUUAGCCAUGACGUUGCCGUCCGCGUCGGGGUAGCCCUGGGCAUGGAGGCCCCCGCCGCGGACCCGACAUUUUACCACAACAACAAGACCAAGGGCAUCAGCAUCCUGGGUGAGAAGCUGCCCACAAUUGCCACCUUGAAGGUCGGGGUACUCGCCUCGAUCGGCGCGAACGACUCGCUCUCGCAGGCCAAAGCUCUCAAGGCUGCCUUUGAGGCGGACAAGGUCACGGUUGUCACCGUCGCCGAGACGCUCGCAGAGGGCGUGGACAUGACAUACUCGGCGGCGAGCGCGACGGGCUUUGACGGAAUCAUUGUGACCAGCGGCGCCGAGAAGCUUUUUGGCAGCAACAGCACGUCGACGCUGUACCCACCCAGGCGGCCGACCCAGAUCAUCACCGACGGGUACAACUGGGGCAAGCCGGUUGGCUUCCUGGGCACCGCGCAAAAGGUGGGCAAGGUGGCCGGCGUCGGGGACGGAGAGGGCGUAUACGCCGCCAGCAAAGUCGACGCCAUUGUCGAGGGCUUCCGGGAAGGACUGGCCGUGUUCAAGUUUACGGAUCGGUUUGCCACGGACGACGGAGCGAAAUAA